GGGCGGCGGAGCCCGGCUGCCCCGGCGGGAGGGAGGGGGGCGGAAAAAAGGAGGAGGAAAAAAUAAAAUGAAAUAAUCGCGCCCGGCACGGAGCGGGGCCCUCCCAAUUCUCCUCCCUCCUGCCCGGCCUGCGGGGACAGCGCGGGCCGCGGAGCCGCAGCGGGGCGACAAUGCGGCGGGCGGAGAAAGCAGGAGGGGCAGCGCGCGGCAACAUGGAGGGAGGCGCGGAGCGGGCCGGCCCCUGAUGCGGCUCUUUCUCCUCCUCCUCCUCCUCCUCCGGGCAGCGGCUCCGGCGGCGCUUCCCUCCCUGGCGGCGGCUGGCGGCGGCGGCGGGUGGAAAUGAGCAGGUCGGCGGCGCUUCUCCUCUGCCUGCUGGGCUGCAACGUGUGGAAGGCGGUGACCAAAACCUUAGGGGCGCCCGAGGCGGCUCAAGAAGUAACGCUGAAAGUCCACGUGAGCGAUGCCAGCACACAUCAGCCAGUAACAGAAGCCUUCAUUGAGAUUUUUACCAACCAGAUCUCCAUUGCAUCUGGAACCUCAGGAGCAGAUGGCACUGCCUUCCUCAAGUUUCAGUAUAAAUUGGGCAAUCAGCUGAUAGUGACUGCUAGUAAACAUGCCUAUGUGCCAAAUUCUGCACCAUGGAAACCUGUAAGAUUGCCUGUCUUCUCUUCACUGAGUCUUGGCCUUCUUCCUGAACGCUCAGCUACUCUAAUGGUCUAUGAUGAUGUAGUCCAGAUAGUCUCAGGAUUUCAAGGUGCACGCACUCAGCCACAAGUUCACUUUCAGAGAAGAUCAGUGAAAUUACCAGAGAACACCAGCUAUAGUGAUUUGACAGCGUAUCUGACCGCAGCCAGUUCACCCUGGGAAGUGGACAGUUUCCCUUACUUGCAGGGACUGGAUGGAAAUGGAACAGGAAACAGCACUAGGUAUGACCUCACCCCUGUUGCUGCAGUCAGUGUCCAUCUUCUCAACAGUGAUGGUACUCCAGUCCCAGUGAAUGGCCCCAUCUACGUAACAGUGCCUCUGCCAACAAACAGCAACUUGAAGCACAAUGCACACGUUCCAGCAUGGAGGUUUGACCAAAAAUUUGGGACAUGGCUGAAGAGUAGUUUGGGACUUGUGCAACAAGAAGGAAAUCAGUUGACUUGGACUUACAUUGCCCCUCAGCUGGGCUACUGGGUUGCAGCCAUGUCACCUACUAUCCCAGGUCCCGUUGUAACGCACGACAUUACCAGCUAUCACACAAUGUUUCUUUUGGCAAUUUUAGGAGGGAUGGCUCUCAUACUUCUAGUCUUGCUGUGUCUCCUUUUGUAUUAUUGCAGAAGAAAAUGUUUAAGACCACGUCAGCAUCAUAAGAAACUGCAACUUCCCACAGCACUGGAUACUUCUAAGAAGGAUCAAGCAACCUCUAUGUCCCAUAUAAAUUUAAUAUUUUCACGCCGUGAGUCAGAAUUUCCUGGCGGGCUCUCCGUUGCUAGCAAUGGACACACUGAAAACUCAGGUGCGAAGGAAUUAAUCAGUGCUGUCCACAUGGAGAUGGUCUCACCUAGUGGAGAAGCAGAUAUGCAUACACCUAUGCUCAAACAUUCCUUCAGUACUUCCCAGGAGUUCAGCUCCCGAGAGGAACUGCUCUCUGACAAGGAGAAAGACAAGAGCAGAAUUUCCUUGGAUGACCUGACUCCCAGCGGGUCUCUGAGAAAAGACUACCAUAAAUCAGCAGAUAGUUUUCCUUUAAAGACAAGAAAAUCUACUGAAACAGCUGAAGGCUAUGAGUCCCCUGUCAAAGAUGAAUAUAGGAGAAGUUACAAUGCUAUGCUAUCUCAGCCUUUAUUUGAAAAGCAAGAGAGAGAAAUUCAAGUAUCUAUGAACCAUAUUGCUACUGGAAGUAAAUACAAUAUUCAGGAACAAAUAUACCCCACACCUUCAGCUCCUGAAAAAGAGCUGCUGGACUGCAGACCUACUGAAUGUAUGAUGUCUCGUUCGGUCGAUCACCUUGAAAGACCUACAUCUUUCCCUCGACCAGGUCAGUUAAUCUGCUGCAAUUCUGUUGACCAAGUUAAUGACAGUGUUUACAGAAAAGUUUUGCCUGCACUGGUGAUCCCAGGUCAUUACAUGAAAUUACCAGAGCACUCUUUCGUUAGCCAGCCGCUGGUUGUCCCAGCUGACCAGCCCAUUGAUCUAGAAAGACUUCAGGCUGAGCUUCCCAAUCCUCACGCACGGCUUUUUCCACACCCCCCACAACAGUUGCAGCCCCAGCAGUUGACAUCACAAGCAAUAUCUCAACAACAUUUGCAAGAUGCAGGUGCAGCUGAGUGGAGUCAACAAAAUGCUUCCAUGUCCGAAUCUAUUUCCAUCCCCGCCUCACUUAAUGACGCGUCCCUGGCUCAAAUGAACAGCGAAGUGCAGCUUCUUACAGAAAAGGCGUUGAUGGAAUUAGGAGGAGGAAAGCCAUUGCCUCAUCCUCGAGCGUGGUUCGUUUCUCUAGAUGGACGCUCAAAUGCUCAUGUUAGACAUUCGUACAUCGAUCUCCAAAGAGCUGGGAGGAAUGGCAGUAACGAUGCCAGUUUGGACUCUGGCGUUGACAUGAACGAACCAAAAUCUGCACGAAAGGGAAGAGGAGAUCAUCUGUCUGCGCCACAGAGUCACCCACCAGUGCAAGAGCACCAGCAGAGAGAGCGGAAGGUUUCGGACAGCACAGCUUACACGCAACUUGUGUAUUUGGAUGAUAUGGACCAAAGUGGCAGCGAGUGCGGAACAGCGGUUUGUAGCCCUGAGGACAAUGCUCUGCGAUGCCUACUGGAAGGCACGAGUAAGAGAAGUGGUGUGCAGCUGCCCAGCCUGCAGGAGGAAACGAGAACUGUGGAUACCAAACCAGAGCCAUUAACUAGUCCUGAGCAUGGAACGUCAGGUCAAGAUGAGGAGGAGGAUGAGGAGGAUGAGGAAGAUGACCAAGGUGAAGAUAAGAAGAGUCCUUGGCAGAAACGAGAGGAAAGACCACUAAUGACUUUCAACCUAAAGUAAGCUAUUGUGAAAAUCCACCAUUCAGUGGAGUAUAAAAUUGCCAAAUAUUCUUUCUGUGGAAGUGCUUGAUUUUUUUUUUCCCUUUUCUUUUUCUUUUUUUUUUUUUUUUUUUGUUGUGGAGAGAAAAGAGAAAAAUAAACUGGUGAGCAACAUUUGAAAGAACUUAAACGCAUUACUGUGUAAAUGUUAGAAAAAGAAUUAAAAUCAUUCCUCUGAUUUAGCAGCUGCCUCCAGUGAGAUAGCUGAACAAAGAGUGUGAUUGUUAUUUCAUAUACUUGAUAUUGGUCAUCCAGGAUGUUGAAAAUACUGACAAAUCGUUUUGGUUGGUUUAUGACCUCAAUCUCCUUAAGAAUGGGAGCUGGUAAAGCUUUUGUUUUGUAGGCUAAUUUUAUGUUGAUAAUGCUACUGAAAGUAUCUUAAAAACAAGAGUUUGACACAUGGUGUCCAAAAUUGUGCAUUAUCUCAAUGAAAGGCUAUGCAUUGCUGCUUUUAGUAAUAUUUUGCUUAUACUAUGCUUUUCUUAAUUUUACAAGUUGGUUGUAAACAUUUUAUGUCCUUUAUUAUAAACUACUCAGCAAUUUAUUUUAAUGUAAAACUGCAGGAAACUUGAGUAGCAUCCCUUAGCAUUGAAGCCUUUUUAUGAAACCAAACUGAACUUUGUGUCGACUAAGAUUCCUCCAAUUCUGGUCCCAUUUACUCAAAGUGCCUUUUUUACAGUAACAAUGAACAGUCCCUUCUUUUGCUAACUCCUUUAAUUGACCCUGUUUGGGAUUUUAUAAACUUCUGAACUUCUACCUUUUAUUUUAAGCUGCAUGCCAAGAGUCCCCUUUUGUGCUGAGCAUUUCUCAUUUCAGUACAGUGUAUUCUGUAGCUAUCAUGUAUAUUGUGGAUUCUGUUUAGCCAGGGUAGACUUAGAAGACAUUUUAAAGGGCCCAGAGUAGCCAAGAAGAUAGUUUCAUUGACUGUAUAUAUUGUUAGCUUCCUCUGGAAUCAUAUGAGCUAAUCAUGCUCAUUAAAUGGACUAUAGGCCGAGCAAGUGGACUGAAUGUGUCUAGAAAACUUUUUGGGAAAAGAAAAAAAUGUACUAUCCUAAAGUGCCAGAAUUACUCUUCUGUGCUUUCUCCAUACAGAGCUGCUUGGUUAUCCAAAAAUUAUAAUUGAAAAUAAACUGCAAAAAAAAAUCUUUGUGUUUUUUUUUCCUCUGUUUAUGUUUAUCACAUUAUUUUGUAUUAUUUAAUGAGCAAAAGGCUUUGGUUUCUCUUAUGCUUAUGUGACUUACUAACACUUAAACUUCCUUAAGCAGCUCUAAUGAGCUUCAGGCAAUACUGAAAUGUAGAACUCUUUUCAGAAAAGCACCACCCUCCGUCUUGAUAAAUACUUCACUAUUGCCUAAGUAUCAGGGCAGACUUUGGAAAUGAAAUCCUGGUAUCACCAGACUUCUGUGUAGGAUCUGCUUCUCGUGGGGCCGGUUUUCAUUCUGAGAUUCCUGUGGGUACCUGCAUUUAUUGGGCACUGCUGACUUUGGCAUGAAUCAGGUUCAAAGAAGAGAAAGUAUGUGUGACUUCUACUCAUGUGGAGUCCUUCAUUUACAUUCAGUCAUGUUUCAUUCCAUUAUUUUUACUCAGCGUUACCAGCAGCCACACUUAACUAAGGUGAUUAGAGAAAGUGUUGUACAGUUCCGAUUAAAUUUUUAAUAAUAAGCCUUCACUCUUUUUUUUUUUUUUUUUUCUGUAGAUGUCAAAACCAGUGUUGUAAUUUCCAUCUUACUGAAUGUAUUUAUCUGCGAGUCUGGGCUCAACCCAGGAGCUGAAUCCAGAUUUCAUAGGUCCCAGACCAGCACUCCUUUCCAUCCACAAAACUACAUCACCUCUGCUUUGUUUUGGUCUUUGUUCAUGUUUGACAGUGGUAUAUGUCUGGAGGAAAUCUAAAAUAUUUGUAUUUGUGGAGUGCGUUAAAUAUUGAAAUCUCCGUAGUAGCAGUAAGUUACCUUCUGGUGGCUAUGUGCAUUCCAGGUCUUCCUGUUCUGUUCAGGAGCUUUGCUACUGACCACAUGUGAACUGGCUCUGUGCUAUGGGUAACUUCUGUCCAUCUGUGCAAGGUCAUCGAACAGCCAAAUCCUGCCUGCUUCAGAGGGAUGGUAUUUAUCGGAUUUCAGUCAGUGCUGGUAAUACAGUGUCACUUACUAAUCAGAAUGCUGUAUCAAAUGAACAUUUGGUUACAAUUCCAACCUACUCCAAUUACUGUGAUAUUUAAUUUCCAACUUUCUGUUCUCUUAAAUCUGUAAUUUUUAAUUACAUUCUCUUUUUACAGAUUCCUUUGCAAAAGUUUCCAUCUUUAUUAUGUUGUAAAAUGAAAUUGUUGCUAUUAAAUUGCAGUGGUUUCUUUCUUUAAUCGUGUCAGUUGUAUGUUCAAAAAUGUAUUUUGAUGGUUUGAUCAUUUGUGGUCCUACUACGGCAAAUGUGUUUGAACAAACUCAAUGUGAAUAUCUGGCAAGUCUUAAAAAUAACAUUUUCUUAUUGCUGUAUUAUCACUGGCUGUGUAACAGUUUGAAUUUGAUUCUGCAGAACAGAAAGCAUGGGAAAUGUGAGCCUCGAUGUGGCCACACAUCUGAGCCACGUGUUAAAUCAGAGGAGUGACAUCAGUCAGGUUAUGGGAUGAGAUCAGUGCAUCCUUUGUAUACACUUUGUCUAAUCUUGAAGUGCAGUGACAAUUUGAUUUUCAAACACAUAUUGAGACAUGCUUUGGAAAUAUAUGAAGACUUUUUUUGUUUGUAUUUCGCAGUUGCCCAAUGAAGAAAGUAUCAAUACAGGUUCUAAAACAUAUGGGACAAAGUACAAUUUGAUAUAUCUCAGCAUCAGCAGUUCCAGGUGAUCUCAGUCCAAGCAGAAGCUAAUCUAAAACAGCAGUUAAGUUGUCUUCAUAUACAUAUAUAUGUAUUAUUUUUUUUUCAUGGCAGGUAUUAACAGGGGGAAAUGCAAAGAAUUGUAAUGACAAAGCUUACAAAAAUAAACAUAUUGGACUCCAAAAACUAUUAGGAACAGGUCUUCAAUGACUUUGACAGCCUUGAGGGUUUUUGAAGCAGCAGUGAGUGACAGAAUAAUUUCUAAAUCUUAGAUUAUAUUAUCCAAAGGAUAUUUAUGUCACAGGACCUAUGAAAAGUUAUGACAGUUGGGACUUAAUACACAUACUAAGAGCCCACUGACUUAAUGGUUUCCCCUGCACCUACCUGGUUCCUGCUGGCACGCUUCUCAAAGCUCAUUACACUGUAAGGCACCUUGACUUAAUGUCAUAAAGACCUUUUAUUAUUUGAAUGCCAGCAUACAAACAUGCUAAAGUCUGUACAGAUGGAGAAAAAGCAAUGAUUCCUGCCUCAAAGCAUUUUGCAAUCUAACCCAUUAUUACAAGUGUACAGAAGUGUGGUGCUGAGCUUGCAGACAAACCCCCCCAUGUAGAAAUUGCUCCCAGCACUUUGCUCUUCUGCAGUUUGUACUGUAACUUCAGUGAAUUGAGCACUCCUGGAAUACCUGGAUGGUGGUUUCAUUUUCUGCCUUUCACUCUACCCAUGAGUGCUUUGGAAGACCAAUUGCACACUGAUAACUCCAAACCAAAAUGAUUGGAGUGGUAAGAAACAACACAUCCCAUGCAGGUUUUAGCCUGUAGAACAUUAGAGGUGUAAAUGAGCAAGUGUUCAAUUAGUGUUUAUUCUUUUUCUAGGAAGGUUUCCAGUUACCCAAAAAAGACAUUUUUUUCUUAACCAAUGGGAAUUCACCUGAGGAUUAAGACUUGUGACAACACUGUGCCUUGUGAACUGUCAGUGCAGUGUAAGCUGGGCUGUGUGGCAUGGUGGCAUCCACCCAUAGGUGCUUGUCAGCAUAAAACAGAAGCUAUCAGUUCGGUUUUCUGAAACGCAUGGACAGCAGAUUACUUCAUGAAUCCAUGCUGUCAUUUGUCUCAAAUGCUUGUCUCUACGCAUUUGAGAUCCUUACAGUCAGAGUACCUAUCUGCCACCUGGUGGUAAGCUGCUUAGCUACUGGAGCCAGAGCUGAAAGGCAUUUUUGGAAGUAAUUCAGGAGAUAAAUACAUACGGUAUUUUUAUGACUGUGUAUAAAGCACAGUUUAUGGCUUAAAUAUAAACACAGUUAUAACUUCAAUAGCAGCAGCAGGCAGCUGGCACAGGACCAUCAGUCGUUGCUUGGACCUGUUGGUCCAAGUGCAGAGGUUCAGUCUGCUUGACAGCCCUUGCCCACACCGUACCUGCAGUGCUUCUCUGCUUAUAACAGCUCCGUUUAGAAUGUGCAAGUGAAAAUGUGUCAGCACUUCUGUAGUGUGUUAAAGUGUAUACGUGCUUGUUUUUUCUCAGCUCAUUAAUGCCAAAGCAGAUUUACAUUACAGAUAAAACAAUUGUAACUGCUAAUUGUUUCAGAAGCUGAGGAAAGUAAGGGCACUUAUUAUUCUUUCCUAAUUCCCCUGUUAGAACCAGUGGUGAUCUGGUGGGUCCCACACCACCCUUACUGGUGUCUGGUAUGCUCAUGGCCUGGUGCACACCAGUUGGAACUGAACCUUUGGGUAGGACAGUAGGCAGCAGCCAAAUGCUACUAUUAGACUAGAGGAGCAUUUUUUCCUUACUUGUGUACUUCCAGCUGAUAAACUGACACCUGGUACUGUCUUCUGUUUGACAGUGAGAACAGAGCAUCUUGUUCUUUUUAGCAGUAAUCCUCUAGUACCCACAGGCGAUCCGCUUGCAAAGUGUGGCACCUGGUCUCUUAUCACUUAACUGAAGUAUUUUGUGUUGAUGUGCAUUUCUUCUAGGAAUAAGCAGUGCCAGUUAGUCUGUUUGAUCAUUAAAUUGCUCUUCUGCCUUGGAAACUUACAGACACUAGAGGGGAAAGUGUGAUGACAGUAGGGAGCUACAGAGGAGAUACAUAUUUACAGUUUAUUUUUGUAAUUAUGGGGUUCAAAUAAUGGGAGAUGCAGACUGCUAAAUUAACCCAAUUGAGGAAUAGUUAUGCCAGUUUUACAUUAGAAAGGAGAGGUGUUGCUCAAAAUACUGCUGUGGGAUGAGAAAUCCCACUUUAAAAGACUUGCCUGGUCCUGCUGCAAGAGAUGUCAAGCAUCAAAGCUGGGAGAAAUAAUUCCAAUGAACUCCUUUUUUAAGCACUGUUUUUAAAGGCUUUUGGUGAUUGAGCAAUUGUAAGGAGUCUCUAAAAGCCAUACUGUUAUUGCUUCAGGACUGUCUUCUUCCCAGCCUGCACACAGUUUUUUCAAGCAUGUUCCCAGAAGUGUUGCCUUCUGAGCUUCUCUUCCUGGGUACAAGCCCAUCAUCGUCCUACUUUUGUGCCAGGGGCUUUGGGUCUGGCAGCAGCGUGUAUGCACCAAGAGCACAUCACAAACUCUUCAACAGGAAAAUCUCCAUGAAAAGAAAGCAACACAGUAGAUUUGCCCACAUAUUGCCCUUGCACACACGACUGGGGCAGGUCCUCCCAGCCGGCAUCUCCUGCCUUUGCAGGUGAGAGAUGCUCUGUGUCUGGACUUCUCUGUCUUCAGCCCAUUUUAUGAACUCAGCCCCUGCCUCCACUUUUUAGCUUUAUGCUAUGCUGUGAGGCUGACUCAAACUGUGACACCAUAAUGACAUUUCAGUAAAGUUAUUUUUAGGUGUUGGUGAGGGUGAGAUUGAGAAAGCUCUCUGCCUCUCUCUGUGCCACUAGCUUUACCUUGAUUGUAAUGCCUCCUAAUCUUCUGUCCUCCACAAUGUGGCAGCCAGGUUCCCACAUGAGUGUUAAUUGCCUUGUGAGAGCUGGAUUGGUGCUUCAGCCCUUGAAAUCAGCAAACUCAGCCUAUAUAAACAUGUGUGUGUGCAUGCACAUGCAUGUGUACAUACAUAAAUGUAUUUAAUAUAAAAGUUGGCUUAAAUGCAAGCUUAAGCAUUUGGAGAUCGAGCAAUGCCAAAGUAAAUGUUGUUCAUCUAGGCUGACUGGAAAAACCAGCAGAAGAGCUCAUCAAGGUUUGUAUUAAUUAGCUUAAUUGUUCUUGUGGUCUGAGAUUGCAGUUAAAGCCAUACUUGAUGCUGAGCUGUGCUUAUGCCUCCGACUUCAGUGAGAUUUAUUCACAUUUGCCUACUAGUCUAGACACGAUGCUUAAAUUCUCUUUGUUAUUAAAGCUUCUCUAAUGUCUUUAAGCAAUUUACUCCACAAUUGUUAGAACAUUAGGUGGAAAAUUUUCUUUUUGUUAUAAAAGCUGUAGAAUUCUCAAGGGGAAAUUCUCACUGAAAAAUCUCCAAAAA